UCAAUUAAUCUGAAAAAAAUCUUUUUCGAGAUAAAAAAUGUAAAUUUUAUUCGUUUCCUUUUUUUACACACGACAUCACACAAGAACAAUUAAAGUAAAAAAACGCGUGUCGAUCAAAUGUGUCGUUCAAAAAAUUUAAAUUAUUUUUCCGACGUAAUAGAAGCCCUUGGGCUUCUAAUACACCUUCCACAUCGAUUCUCCAUGGGGGGCUUCUAUUAUGGGUGGGGGGGUUUAGUUUACAUUUUAAAAAGCCACAUUAGACAUGUUUUCAGAUUUUCUUGAUGAUGGCUCACAAAGCCUCGUAGUUAAAUCUUUAGGAAUGUAGCUAACGAUACUUCUGGUCUGCUGUUAUAGGAGGAAGAAUUCGAUGUUGCCAUUAUUGGUAGUGGCCCACUCGGUCUAGCCACUGCUUUGAAUCUGGCCACAAAAUGGAAAGUCGGACGUAUUGUUGUUCUUGAGCGACAGGACGAUGUAGAACCAUUAGAAAUUGCUCCGUUUUAUCAAGUGUCUAACAAAUAUCACUUGAGCAGAUUGGGCCAGCUUGUUCUUCCCAUGUGGCGAGAGCUGGAGAAACAAGGAAAUCUGUCAACUGGCUCAUUGUUGACUACAUCAAGUGGCUUUCUGUAUGUAGGUCGAUCGGCUUCUAGUAUGGCCGAGUUCUGUCGCAACCUCUCAAUCACCACCUGCACUCUACUCUCGCCCACACAAGUCGCGAAUGAACAUCCUUUUAUGACCGUCAAUCAAUCUGCCGUGCAUAUGAGCGAAUCAGGUUAUGUGAAUGUAACGCUGUUACUUACUACUUUGCGGGCACUUGUGGCAAAGACACCAAAUAUUCUGGUGCGUGACAAAGAGACAUUUCUCAAUCUGAGUCGCACAGACAACCAGUCACGUGUUCACAUUGAAACGACUCGAGGGUCGAUCAAUGCCACCAAGGUUAUCCUUUUACCAGGGGCUUAUGCCAAAACAACUAUGGACACACUGGGACUUCAUCUCAACAUCAGCUUGUAUGAACUUCCUACAGCUGUCUAUUUUCGUCGAUUGCCAGUCUCCAACUCGAAUUUGACAGUAUUAACCUGGUUGUUUGCCUCCGCUGACAAUGAUCAAUUUACCGGGUAUCCACCAGAACAGUCAGAUUAUUUACGGAUUGAACCUCGAAUAAACACGGCUAGAAUGCGGACACUCGACUCUCCUCAUAAUCGAACAAACAAGCCCGAUCAACAAAUACUUGACAGGACGCGAAGAUGGGCAAGUCAGCAUUUGGCUCAAACAACAUCGCUAAUGACGAACAACAAAGAUUCUUCAUUGUCGCUUCUUCACGAUCGUCUUGAAUUUGUUUCUAGUCGACUUAUUUUGAUGGCAUUGAAUGUUCAUGUGGAACUAAACAAUGGUCGUUUAGCUAUGGAACAUUUUUCUGAUGUACGAAAACAAACAGAAUCGAAUCUACUGGCUGGUAGUGAUUCAACUAUCCAAGCGGAAGCAAACAAUGAAAUUUGUUCAAAUAAAUAUAUCGAUGAACUGGAAAUGUGUAUUAAAUACUAUUGCAAAGAAGUUAAUGAUUUAGCAAAUAGUACUGCUAUCAUCAUUGACUUUAUUAGUAAAUCGCAUCAAGGAGCCGAUGAAUUUCAUCAACGACAAAAUUUGAGUCUAACUCAUAUUCUUGGUGAUUUGUCAAAAGGUGCUAUGUUGUGUUUAAAUGUGUUGAAAGAUUAUCGUCAUGAUCGCCAAAAGGCUGUUCGAAACGUUUUGUAUAAUCCUUUACGUGAAGAUGCAUGGCGUUUAGUAAUUGAGAUAGAUGAGAAUUUAUUUGGUAAAUUUCGUACAAUAAUGUUCCGUUUACGUACAUAUUUUUUGAUUAUGCAUCGAAUUUUAACAGAAAAUUUGCAACAAAGUCAAAACAUAAUAGCGAAAAUUAGUCAAGAUAGAAAAUUAGUUGUACAACAGAAAAAAUCCUUAACUGUUAGAAAUUAUGGUAGAGAAAAUUUGAGAAAAUAUAAUAAUACAAGAACAAAAACGACAAACUCGAAACGAUCAACAAGAAAAAUUUGA